AUGAAGGCACAUUAUGUGAAGAGGCUUGAUGUAACAGCUACUGGUGACAUUAGAAGUUGUUGGAUUACAGGAUUAGUAAUGCUUUCUUCUGAUGAGCUUCUGCUUGUGGAUUAUCAAAAUGAUUCUCUGAAGAUUCUGAAUGUAAGAGACAAUACAAUCACAACAAGGUAUAAGACACCUGGUUCGCCAUGGGAUGUAACAGUGAUAAAUUCUGAAACUGUUGCAGUCACCUUAUGCAAUAUAGGGAAAAUCUUGUUUAUGAGCACCAAAAACGGACUGACUGAAAGUCACAGCCUGAAAGUUAGAACAGACUGCAGAGGGAUUGAUCAUCGUAACGGUAUCAUUGCAGUGUCCUUUAUCAUUCCACCAGCUGUCCAGAUACUGAACAUGAAAGGUGAUAUUCUACGUACAGUCAAAGAUACCAGCAUGUUUGUGUAUCCAACCUACAUAGCUUUCAGAGGUGAUAAGAGUAUUAUUGUGUCUGACUGUUGUAAACAUGAAGUGUAUGAGCUAACAAUAGAUGGGCAUCUAAAGGCAACGAUGACGAGUGAGAAUCUUAAAUCUCCAAGGGGACUGGCAGUGACCAGCAAUAGAACUGUUGUUGUUUGUGGUGAAGAUGAUAAUGGAAGAGUGAGCAUGAUAGUUCCAGAUACAAAAGAAAUUCUGCCUCUCUUUGUACAGAAUGUCCAGAAACCAAUGUCAAUUCUUGUUUGUGAAGGAGACAACAAACUGUUUGUAUGUGAACACAGAUUCAGAUGA